UUGUGUCUGAGAUCGAAGAUUAUGACUUUCGAAAAGGAUUUACGACUUUAAGAUCGCGAUAAGGAUUCGGAGAUCGAGAUGAUGGAUUGUGAUUUUCUAAAUGAGAUUAUGACUUGAAGAUCGAGAUAGUGGCUCGGUGAAUGAGAUGAUGACUGUAAGAUUGAUGAUUCUCAGAUCAAGAUUGAAUUUUGUGAACUCUGUGAAUUCUGUGAAUUUUGUGAACUCUCGUGAACUAUGUAUGAUGUGUGACGAAGAAGAACUCAAAAGGUUUAGUGAACUCAAAAGGUGCACUGAACUCAAAAGAUGCACUGAACUCAAAAGGUGCACUGAACUCAAAAGGUGCACUGAACUCAAGAGAUGCACUGAACUCUUUUGAAUUUUUGUUAAAGUUGUAGAUAUGACUAUCAAUUUUACAAGUGAACGAACCCUCUAUGUGUGGACGCAGUCCUUCAGUGUGACUUUGGCAUGCUGCAUUUGCGUCACCCCGCAGACUCGUUAUUUGACCUGCCUGCCCCGUUUUCCCUGAAACGCACAGAGGCUUUUCAUUCGAGAAGAGUCGUAGCAAGAGGGCGCUAUUUUUCGGUCACAAGUGAAAGCUAGUUGUCCACGAGGGAACAAGGCGCGAGUUUGUACAUAGUAAUGCCAAGAAUUGCGUGCAGACUUUUACUUUCGUGGUCGAAAUCUGUGGUAAUUGCGGCACUGUUUUUCGUCCCGGCUCCGACCAUUCGUUGUGUUGGUUCGAAGCGAUGUGGUUUCUGUGUGUGCGUUGCUAGUGGAAAUUUAAAUUGCAGCUUCUUGUUCUCGUCCGCGCUGUUGAGUCCUUACACCAAUAUGAAUCCUGAAGAAGAGGCGGAGACAGAGUUCCACUCUGCUUCUAGUGGAGAGGAUCAUGAGCAUGAGUACAAUUUUGGAGAAGAAAGGGAACAAACCCCUGCACAAAAGGAUCCACGCUCUGUCUCAAAUGCGCGAUCGCAACAACAAGAGCCCGCGGUGGCUUUUGCUGGAGUGGUGGCCGGAGGGGGUGGAUUCGAGGAGCAACAACUCGGCAGCGGCAAUCAUGGCAAGGUGGGUUCUAGCGCCAGACCUGGUGGUGCAUCGCUUUCGUACAGCUUCAAAAGGCGCCGCGCGGGCGCGGAUGCGACACAGGAGGGCAUGUCCUGUUGCAAUUUCGUGCGCCGCAGCGGCGGUCGCGCCGACUCCUCGAAGUUUCUUGCGAACCCGGGGGAGAUGCCAAGCCAACCGCAAUCUUUUCGCUACGGCCCCACGAUAGUCAGCGCGUGGGAGCAGCAGCAGUGCAAAGCAUCGUCGACGAGCAGGCCGGCGCACUCGUCGGUGGACCCGGAACAGAACAACGACCGUACCCAUGGUGAAGAUGAAGCCACUAGCCGCACUCCUGCUGGGAUCUUAGAGGACAGGAGAAUAGAUACACGACCGCUCGGAGGAGCAGCUACCGGCUUGCCCGCCGCAGCAGCGCAAGACAAUGGAGCAACUUCAUCAACUCUUCCCGCUGCCGCACCUCGGUCGCAGGAUCAUGAGGGCAAAAGCCAAGGCACAGGAGGCAGCGAUGCGCGAGAAUUACUGCUAGCGCCACAGAAUCGCGCCCGACCACUAACUGCUGCAGUGUCCACGUCUCCAACCUCGUCAGAGGGGCGAGGCCACCACUAUGCAGAUGCUGCAGCGAAGGGGUCAGUUACGUUUGGCGGCAUGUCGGCUGUCUCGCCGUUGCACCGUAAUUGUGCCGACCUCAGCAGCGAAGAUGCUCUUGAUCAUACCGAUCGCACCGGGGACGGUGGGGGCACGAGGAAUAUUAACAACAUGUAUCCACAAGAAGCAGAUCCGACCACGUCGGCAAGAACAUCAAAGGGUUUUGAAGGCGAGGGUGCCCAGGCUAGGAAAAACAAGAAGAAAAAAACCCGAAGCAAGAAAUACACUGUGAACUACUCGGAACAUCACCCGGAGGCAGAGGAGGACGUCGCGAUGCAGGUUUUUGGUACAGUGUUCUCGCUGAAGAAGCCCCGCGACUAGCUAGCUAAGGGCGCACCUAUUUUGGCGCCCCGGUCCCAAUGGCUGGCCCGGAAUGCGGUUCACUGGCCUUUUGUUUCCUGGCCCCAUCUGAGAACAUGAAGCAGCGAAUACAGAUGGAAGGGGACUCGGUCACAAGAGUGGCAAACCGCCUCCGGGUGAACAUUGGCAGGGUUUUGGUAGCCCUGUAGCACGAGUGUUUCGCUAUCAGGCAUGCGCGGCUUGACUUGUAGGCGAGAUAUGUUCUCAGACAGCCACGGAGCAGCCUGCGCCCGCAGGUUCCCUGAAAUUCAAUCACGGACGUGGGGCCAGCUUCUUUUGCGUGGUGUGCAAACUUGACGCAGAGCCUCUAGCUGAAGGCUCGCGCUUUCGCGUGUUUGCUUUCAGUCGAGGUGUUACACAUUUGGAAAAAAAACGGCAAUCUCUUGCGCAAAAUCACCCAGCAUUUUGGCCCUCCCUUGUGGGCUGGCCAAAGUUACACUUUUUGGUGUGUAACACGGUAGUUUUUUUGCGAACCCCGACGGCAUUCUGCGACUUACUGUGUUACACAUUUCAAAAAGUAUCAAGAUUCCGCUUGGGGAGAAAAGUGUCGAAGUUGGUUUCCGCCCGGUGAAAAAAGUGUUACACAUGGAAAAAAAAGUGAUACAGUUGCUAUUUUUUCUGGCCUUGCUUUGACCCCUCAAAAAAAUGCAGUGUGUAUCACUUUUUUUUGCAAUCCGGGUGGAAGGUUGGCUUUCGGGACAGGGCGUCGAUUUGGCCAGGAAAGGGCAAACUACGUAGAGCCAUCAUGACAGACCACGAUGGGUAGGAAAAGGCUGGCACUGCAAACGCGCCCGCUCGUCGCGUCAAAUGCCAGCGAGCGCUGUUCUGCACUUUUCGCUCCCGCGCGUGUCGCCGUUGCGCAAGUCGGCCUGGAGGCGUCAAAAACGGUCGCUGUGGUUCGUCAGGUUUGCGACUAAGUGAAACAGCAGGCCUUGUCCCUCACAUUGUCGAAAGCAUCGCUUUGACCUUGGCCCGCUCUAUUGUUUCGCUGAGACAUUCUGCCGCCGCCCGGUCUAUCAGUCACUGUAGUUCUCAAUCAGGUCCGCGACAUGUAGCAGCUUGCCUUCUUAGCUAUUCCAGUGAACUGAAGCAGCCGCAGCUACGUGGAGGCCUCCUUUUUGCCUGACACGAAAAUGAAAACGCAUUAGGCACGACAGGUAGCCGCGGCUCGAAAAAAGUUCUAGCCUGCCCUUGAAGAAAUACGCUAUUUUCGAUGUCGUGUGUAACUGUAACACUUUUCUCCUUCGAUAAUGCAGGUUUUUGGUACAGUGUUCUCGCUGAAGAAGCCCCGCGACGUGGUCGCUGGCGCGUCAAGUGGUGUGAAAACGAUUUCAAGGGGCGCGGCGCUGGGUUUUGGUUCGCUAUUCGGGUCCCCGGUCGUCGGGUUCCGCAACCACGGGUUGCUGGGGCUGCUGAAGGGGUUGGGCGUCGGCUUGGUUGGUUUUGCCGCCGCCACCACGGCGGGGGUGCUGGUCGGCGGGUUCCAGAUGGUGCGAGGCGCGUGCAACACUCCUGCGGCCGUCGUGCUGCGCUUCAGCGGCCGGCAUUGGAACCGGGACGAAUUGGAGUGGGAGCACUUCUCGCUGCAUAGCGAGCGCAAGCGCAUCCAGAAGCAGCGCCUCAAGCUGUUUCCGGAGGACCGACGGAGGCUACUGAAGCAGGCACGAGAGGAGCGGAAGCGGUCGCUGUCCAAAGAACGCGAUAUAUUAAGGUAUGCGAAGAAAGACCAAACGGGCGUCGAAGCGACACAAAAGGAUCAUGUGGCCCGAGCGGGGCCGGCACAUCACCAAGAUUUCGCUGAUAUCACGGAUGACUCGAGCUCGUCGCUCGAGUCCUCCAGCUCGGGGUCUUCCGCCGGGGGUGAGCAAGACGAUUCCGGGAGCAGCGACCCCGAGUCCCAGUCCAGUAGCAGUCAGCACUUGUCCGCUACGACGGGAGCGGCGGGACCGGAGCCCCCGGCGGGGACGAGGAGGAAAUCCUGGAGCGGGCGCGAGCAAACUUCUUCGAAGACCAGCACCAGCAGCACGCAGGCAAACCGGGCGCGCAGUGGCCGCACGCUAUACGACCUGCUGGAUCUGGAUCCCGACACCGCCACAACAACCAGCAUCCGCAAGGCUUACUACAAGAAAUCGCUGCUGUACCACCCAGACAAGUUGCGCAGCCGCGCGGAAGAUUCCAGUAACAAUUCAUCCGUGGUGCCGCAAGCACAACAUCAAGUAGAACGACAAGGACAAGAACUGCUGCAGCGUGGUGCAGGCGGUGCUGUGGGAGGCGAGCCAACUACUUCCACUAGUACGUCGUUUCCGCGGCCUCCCGUUGCACCACAGAUCAUGAUCAAGGAGGCGACUGCUGCUUCGUCAUCUGGCUCCUCGGCGUCCAGUAAGUUUCAUGAGAUCACGCGCGCGUAUCAGGUUUUGGGCGACCCCCAGCGCAGGCAGGUGUACGACGAAUCGUUGCGCGUGGAAUCACACCGGAAGCUGUACCUGGGGGAGCGCUUGUUCGACUUCGAAAAGGAAUCCACAACCUCCUCCCGGGGCCGGAGUAGCACCUGCAGUAGCGGGCUAAAAUUCGACUUGCCGGAGAUCGAUCCUGGGCUGUUUUUCGCCGUCCUGUUCGGCUCGCAGCACUUCGAGCCCUACGUGGGGAAGCUGCACCUGGCGCAAUUUGCGGAGGCGGAGCAGGAACUUGCGAACAGUCGGAUGGCGCGACACCAGGAACGGGCCAACCCGGUGGCCUGGCCGGCCGUGCGGCUGCGGAAGUUGCAGAAGCGCAUGCAGUUUUACCAGCGGAAAAGGGAGUGCGAUUGCUGUUCCUUUUUCGCGGAAACCCUGUUGAAACCCUACACGGUUGGUGUGGCCGCGGAGGUCAACAGCGAAGUAGUAUCGCCAGCAAACGCGGGAACGGGUGUCACUGCCACGCCGACUUCGGGAUCGUCGCGACGUCUGGAGACACUGGAAGAGUUUGACGCACGGCUCGCGAAGGAGGCCCAGCGGUUGCUGGCCGAGGCCGCAAACGGGCGCGAGAUGCUGAAGGCGAUAGGGUGGGUGUACCGCAACCAGGGCGAGCAGUUUGCGAACCGCGGGAACUUCUGGAGUCGCUUUCAGGACCGCCGGCAGCGCGUACGCACCCGCAUGCGUGCGAUGACGACGGUCUUGCGAUCGCAGGUCGGAGCUCUCCGAGGCGACGACCGUGUGACAAAUAAAGGAGGUGCCACAUCGACCAGUUCCGGUCAGCAGCCGGUGGCUGCGUUCAGAGACGGGCAGCAGACCGGCUCAGGUACUAGCGCCACGGGUCGGGAAAUGAGUCCUGGUGCGGCAACUACUCGCACUGCCGGAGCCUUGGUGAGAGUGGUGAACCCGAGUGCGCCAUAUCAUUUGUCGGUUGGAAAGGUGGUUGGGGUUCUUGCCUCCACGGGAGAAGGACUUUCGUCGAGGAGGAGCUUAUCGGGGCAAAGCAGUGUGCGCGGAAGCGGAAGUGCCACGUCUUCUGGUAGUACGCUGGAUGCUGGCACGCAAAACACAGCACUGGUGCGGGUGGAUAUGACUUCGUUCGAGGUUGAGGAGCCUGAGGGAAAUCUCGUGCUGCUGUCUGAUGAGGAGCGCGAGGCAGCGCAGGCGGAAAAGGAGGGUAGCUUUUUUCUGGACGCGUUGUGGGAGGUCACGUUGGUCGACGUGCAGCAGACCUCCCGGCGUGUUUGCCGCAAGCUCUGCCAGGACAGGUCCGCGACGCCACAGGAGCGACUGCGGCGCAUCGAGGCCAUUCAUCGCUUGGGUGAAAUUUUUCUCAAGGCCGCCUCCUCCUCUUCGCCACUCAGUUCCAUGCAGGAGACCACACCUGAACUACACCAAGCUAUUAACAGGAGUAAGCUGCUGCCGCCAGGAGCCGCAGAGGAUAUUCAAACCGGUAUUACGUUUUCGACAAAGGUGCUGACCGAGGACAGGGCGAAUUCAUCCCGGCCAUAUCAAUCCCUGACAGGAGCGGCCAGAGGGGGUCGGGGUCCGCCUUUGGCGGCGGCGGCAGCAGCUUCCUCGAAAAAUCCCGCGACGCAUAAUUAUUCCGACGGCGACGCCGGCCACGAAACGGAUGAGCAGCGACGUCGGCGACUAGACGCCGCUCUUUCGCUCCUAGUGCGACAGCACGAGGAAAGUUUGGGACUUUCUUCAGCAUUGUAAGUAGUUGUAAAGAGCGACUGCGAAGGAGCAAAAACUUCCUCACUCGUGCCGUGCCUCCUGGCCAAGUAGUUGUUGUCGUAGGUAUUGCUAUUAAAAAUCCUCUUCAGUUGCGACUGCUCAAGAACGCCGUUUCCUUCUGGGAAUCCGCUGUCGUGCAGGUGACAGCGUUCAUUCGAACAAGUGUUAGACCACGUUGACGAACAAAGAUGCUUCUAAAAAUAUUUUAUCCAUCUUGCUUUGGGAGGGCGCCUUGCAGAGGCCGCCUUGCAGAGGCUUUAGCUCAUGAAGAGAAUUCCAGC